AUGGACCUUCGAGUGUAUGUUGAUGGUGUUGCACGUAUCAUCUGUGAUUUAACUCGAAAAACUACUGUACAUGAUAUCAUUAUAGCACUUGCUCAAUAUAAAGGUAAAGCAGGUAGAUAUUCAUUAAUUCAAUAUGCACCGGAUGGUACUCAAAGAACAUUAUCACCAAAUGAAUUAACAUGUGAACUUAUUCAUCAUCCUGAUUGGGUUUAUAUUUUACAACAAAAUCCAUCAAAUACAAAUUUAUCUAAUGUUCAAAAACGUUCGAAAAGUUUAGAUGGACGAAAAACACCAAUCGAACAACAGCAACAACAGACAAUUGUUGACACUGUUUCACCAUUAAACUCAUCUUCUGGCCAUUUUCGAACAGUACGAAAUAACAAUCAUAAUGUUAGUUCAACUAUAUUAUCAUCUCAAAAUAAGAAACGUUCAAAUUUACAUCAGAUAUUUCCAUCAAUAAAUAAAAAUAAUAGCAAUAAUAAUAUUCAUUCAAAUGAAUCAUUAUCAUCAUCAUCAAUAAAUAAACGUUUAUCACGUACACCUAUUAAAAAUUCAUUAGAAAAUCAUCAGAAUAAUAAUCAUAUAAGACCAAAAUCUGCUGUACCAUCAUCAAUACAUGAAAAUAGUGCAUUUCAUAUUGUUCAUAAAUCAAAUAAUAAUCAUAUAAAUAUUCAACAUCAACAACAACAAUAUAUUGCUUUAUUACAAAUACUUAAAUCACAAGAAAUUCAACUUGAACAACAAGAAAAUGAAUUAAAUGAAAAACAAAAAGAAAUUGAAUAUCAUGAUAUAAUUCUACAUCAAGGACAAAUUUAUCAAGAUAAUAUUCAACAUGAAUUACAAAUUCUUGAAGAACAUGAACGACGACUUUUUUCUGAAUUUCAAAUAUUAACUCAAGAAUAUUCAUCAGAUAAAUUAGAUUUUGAAUUAGAAUAUUAUAAAAAAUUAAAUUCAAAUUAUGAAUAUUUACAACAACAAUUAACAUGUUGUUCAUCAACAUUAGAACAAAAAAUACAAUUACACGAACAACUUCAAUAUAAUAUUGAUCAAACACAUAAAGAUAUUGAACAAAUACAAAAACAUAUCAAUAAUGAUAAAAAGGAAAUAAUCCAAUGUGAAUAUGACCUUGAACGUUCAAAUUCUUCAUUGAAACAACAAGAAGAUUUAUCACAUAUAUUAACUCAACGUACUCAUGAUAUAGAACAUAUUAUUCAACAACAUCGAAAACGAAUAAUCGAAUUAGAAAAUGAUGUUAUUCAACUUGAUGAUUUAUUAAUUUAUAGUCUUGCUAAAUCACCAUAUCAUUUUCAUUCGAAUUCAUCAACUGAUAUUGUUAAGCCAGGCCAUCUUGAACUUAUGAAUAGUACUUUAUUAAAAUUAUGUCCAAGUGGAAUUUGGGUUUAA